CUGAUUUAUUAUUUCCGGCAAUUUCUGAUUAUUCAACCGUUAUUUUUUUAUUAUUUGAUUACAGUUGGGCAUUUGGAUUUGCCAGCUGAACCCUCAAGUCAAUGUAGCUGCAUUUUUCUCCUUAAUUCCGCUUUCCGUUUCAGAUUUUGGGGAUUUUCUUUCGAAAAUCAAACUGUGUAGUUGGUAAAGCCGGAUGUGAAUCUCCAAUUUCUCCUUUGAUUUUUAGCUUUAUUUUUCCCAAAGAUUUAUUUUUUCUUAUUUGGUCAAAAUCUUUGCUUUCUUUUUUUUGUCUGGAUCUAUUAGAGACUUGGAGAUGUCAGUUUGUUAAAUCACUUGAGCUUUGAGGGAGUAUUUAGAUUAUCUAAGUGAAGUUAGCUUAGAUUAAGCUAUUUAGGGUGUUAUUGAAGAUUGUCUCCUUCCCUUUGAGAAUGGAUAAUGUGAUUGGUGGUAAGUUCAAGCUAGGAAGAAAGAUUGGCAGUGGGUCUUUUGGAGAGCUCUAUUUAGGUGUAAACGUGCAAACUAAAGAGGAAGUUGCUGUCAAGCUGGAAUCUGCAAAGACCAAGCAUCCACAGCUUCAUUAUGAGUCAAAAUUGUAUAUGCUUCUUCAAGGAGGAACGGGUAUUCCCCACCUCAAGUGGUUCGGAAUUGAGGCUGAUUACAAUGUCAUGGUAAUUGACCUUCUUGGACCUAGUUUGGAAGAUUUGUUCAACUACUGCAACAGGAAACUUUCAUUAAAGACGGUGCUGAUGCUUGCUGAUCAACUAAUUAAUAGAGUAGAAUAUAUGCAUUCAAGGGGGUUUCUUCAUCGUGAUAUAAAGCCUGACAACUUCUUGAUGGGCCUAGGACGCAAGGCUAAUCAGGUCUAUAUCAUUGACUAUGGUCUUGCGAAGAAGUAUAGGGAUCUUCAAACUCAUAAGCACAUCCCAUAUAGAGAAAACAAAAACCUUACAGGCACUGCUCGUUAUGCAAGUGUGAACACUCACCUUGGAAUUGAGCAAAGUCGCAGAGAUGAUUUGGAAUCCCUUGGUUAUGUGCUUAUGUAUUUCCUUAGAGGAAGUCUUCCUUGGCAGGGGCUAAGAGCUGGCACGAAAAAGCAAAAAUAUGAUAAGAUUAGCGAAAAGAAAGUUUCAACUCCUGUAGAGGUGCUCUGUAAGUCAUAUCCAUCUGAGUUUGUAUCGUAUUUUCACUACUGCCGUUCUUUGCGGUUUGAAGAUAAACCAGAUUAUUCCUAUUUGAAGAGGCUUUUCCGAGACUUGUUUAUAAGAGAAGGUUAUCAAUUUGACUAUGUUUUUGACUGGACCUUGUUGAAAUACCCACAUAUUGGUGGCAGCUCCAAAGGGCGGCACUCCAGUGGAAGAGCAGGUUUAACUGCAGGAGUAGCCAUUGAAAAACCAGAAAGAAUCUCAGUGGGAAGAGAAAUUCGGGAUAGAUUCUCCGGUGCCGUUGAAGCAUUUUCCAAUAGAAAUGUUUCGAGUACUAGCCCCCGUCGUGAUCAUUCUAGACACAAGACUGCAGAGGGUGCAACAUUGUCAAAGCAUGUGCACCCAGAUUCAGAAAAAAGACGCAGCUCUUCUCGGUAUGGUAGCACUUCAAGGAAACCUGUAGUAGCAAGCAGGCCUAGUUCGUCCGGUGAACACAAUGACAUCUCGCAAAACCGGCAAGUAUCAAGUGGCGGUCGCUUGUCUACCGCACAAAGAGUCCAACUUGCCUUUGAGUCCAAAACAUCCAGUCGUGCUGCUGCUGUUAGAGGUAGCCGUGAUGAUCACCCUCACCCUCUUCGAAGUUUUGAGCUCCUCUCGAUAAGGAAAUGAUGGAGCAGUUUAUCAGUUGUAAGCCGAUGUUUUCAAGAACUUUCGAUAUCGGUUAUAGACAUCUUAUUUCGAUCAACAUCUUUCAAAAAUUUUAUUUGUGAAAAUGUCAAAUCAAAUUACUAGAUUAAUUAUCUUUUCGGCUUUAGUUCGAUGUUCAUUUUAAUUUGCUUAAAAGCAACCCAACUUUUGUAAUCCAUGGUUCAAUUUCAGUAAGCAACAAU